ACGUCUGCUGCGUGGUCCGGCCAGCCAGCGUGAUUCCAACGCUCAAGCAGCUGGACGCCUUCGACUACAAGAUUUACUGUGCUGUGGAGCUUGCUGGGAAUACGGGAGUAUGGACAGCCGAUAUCAGGAAGAGCACGGGACUGCAGACGCAUAUCAUCCAGAGGGGUGUGCGAAACCUCUGCGACAAUCUGCAGCUUAUCAAACCUGUAAAAAGUAUCCAAGUAAAAAACAGGAAAAUGUAUAUUCUUGCACACAUGGAGCCCUCUAAAGAGAUCGCUGGGGGCUCCUUUUAUACGAAUGGAGAAUUCAACGAACAGCUUGUAGAGCAACUGCGGGAGCGUCUUUCUGUUUUUCUUCGUAACGCGCGUUCAUCCACAUUUGCAGCCCUCGUGGCCUUUGUGCGCAGCAGCGGUGAAAUUGGAGGCGGAGCCUUCACGGAUGAAGAUAUCUCGCAGUUGGUCGCAACCCUUGAGUGCGAAGACAAAGUCGCUAGGAUACGCACGGGAUCUGAAGUCACAUAUGUCUGGAACCAGAGCGAAAAUCUGCGGCUUCUUGAAGGCGUGCCUUGUAUUGGCUGUGCCCUCGUGGGAGACUGCUCCGCAGACGGCAGAGUGAACCCCCGAGAUUGCACCUACCUCUCGCACUGGCUCGGGCUGGAUGUCGAUGUAGAGCCUGAGGGUGAGGAACAAGAGGACGCUUAA